AUGGAACAGUUGGACGCUGACACAGCGUUCCUCAACAGUGAGUUGGAGGACCGUGUCUACAUGGAGGUACCAAUUGGCGUUGAGAACGCUCAGAACUAUGUGUGCCAGCUGAACAAGGCCAUCUAUGGACUGAAGCAAGCUGCAAGUGCCUGGAACAAGACCAUUCAUCGGGUAUUUCUUGGGUACGGAUUCAAGAGCUGUGGUGCGGACCAGUGCGUCUAUGUCAAGCGUUCCAAGAGCAAUUUCAUUUACGUCUGUCUUUACGUAGAUGAUAUGAUCAUUGCGGCGAAGACUAGUGAUGAAAUUGAUGACGUGAAAAACGCACUCAAGAGUGUCUUUAAGAUGAAGGAGCUUGGACCGGCGAAAUUUAUCCUGGGAAUGGAGAUCGACCAUAACAUGACUGCUGGAACGCUUAUGAUUAAGCAAACGCGAUACAUCGAUGAUGUGGCGAAACGGUUCGGGCAAGAGAACGCUAAGUCGGUUGACAACCCGUGUGCAACUGGUCUUAAGUUGUCAAAGUCGCAAUCGCCAGCAACGGAUGAAGAGCGAAGAAAGAUGCAAUCGAGACCGUACCGCUCCUUAAUUGGAUGCCUACUGUAUAUCACGACGUGUACUCGCCCGGACAUUUCAUUCGUGGUAACGCAACUUUCUCGUUUCCUGGAGAAUCCCGGGGCGCAGCAUUGGAACGCUGCUAUACGUGUUCUACGCUACUUAAAGACGACUCGCCAGCACGGGAUCAUCUACAAAGGUGGUACUGGCAGCGUCACAGCUGAAGCCUACUCGGAUGCGGACUGGGGUUCCAACCUCGACGACAGGCGUUCUGUCUCGGGGGUUAUGAUCAUGAUUGGGAACGCUCCGGUGGUGUUCAAAUCUAAGUUCCAACGAACGGUUGCCCUCAGCUCAGCGGAAGCUGAGUAUAUGGCUUUAAGCCUAUGCGUUCAGGAAGUGCUAUGGACGCGUGCGAUACUGACGGACAUGGGAAUGGUACAAAUGAACGCUACCCAGAUAUGGGAGGACAAUCAAGGAGCGAUUGCUUUGGCCCAAAACGCUGGUUAUCAUGCUCGGACCAAGCAUGUGGACAUCCGUCAUCACUUCAUCAGAGAGACGAUUGAAGACGGGACGGUUGCGGUAGCGUAUGUGGACACCAAACAUCAAUUGGCCGACAUACUGACCAAGGCGCUAGGAUCCAAGACGUUCAAGUUCCUGCGCGAUGCAAACAGUAUCCAGUGCAAAGAAACCAAGCAGUAG